GAUCAAAGACGCUACAGGGCUUUGAGGCUGUCGAGUGCCUUUCCCUAUGGUACGACGCAGACCGUGGCGCAAAUCAUGCGCUGCAUGUAGAUGACCUGUGGCUUUGGGGAGACCGCAUCCUGGGCGUGUCCAUGCAGAGCGCGUCGGUCUUCACCUUCUACGACCCAGUGAAUGAGGUUGCUGUCAGAGUCCCGCUGCCAAGGCGAUCGGCGUACUUGAUCAGUGGUCGGGUGCGAGUCGAUUGGCAACAUGGACUGCUAGCCGAGGAUAUUUGUGGACCUCGAGUUGCCAUCACAUUCCGUGAGCUGACAGAGGCAGUUGCAAGCAGUGAGCUUGGACAACUGGCACUUGAGCGAGCAAAGCUCGUAGC